AUGCCGCCCGUGAGACCGAACGUUGUCCGAUCUCUUCUGGUGUUGGCUUAUGCCAUCUGGCUGGCUUCUGCUCAAUACACCGCUACAUAUUUGCCAUGGAAUACCCCUAAGCAGUCUGAAAAGGGACAAUAUGGCACAAAUCAGUGCGGUCAGACUGCCCACCAGGACUCCAGAUGUCAGAAUGUCUUCAUUAAUUCAGGGCAGGACUUUUGUUUGUGGGGACCCCCGUCUCCAGGACCUGAUUCAACUGUUGGAGAUACAGAGUCUAUCGAAGUCUCUUGGUGCACUAAGGACGGUUACGGGACGCGGCUCAUUCCCCCUGGUACCUUGUACAGCGUUCAUUUCGUGCAAACACCAGAUUAUGUACAAGUCACUGGCGUGGGGGAUUUUACGAAAAUGAAUAUCCCCAAGGGUGACGAGGGAGGGGAGCUUGAUCCACACGGCGCCACUGGAGAGGGAAAUCCUAUCGGCGGCCUCGUUUUCUCUAAUGCAUUUGGAUCUUACCAUCAGAUCCAUGAAUGGACGAACUUUAUGAGCGACAACGAAUAUUGCAUACGUGGGUGUAAGGACGGAAAUACAACUCGUGCCAAACAACUUUGCGGCCACAUUUACGAUCUCAUGGGGUGCAGGUGGAAUAUGCCCGCCAAUUACAACCCAGGGAUCUUCGAGAAUUGCAUGGGCGACACUGGUUUGCCUAUGGGUAUAUAUGGCACCUCCACCUUUCACCAAGGCAGCUCCCUCACCCCCUCACCACAUCCAGCCCCCAAAUCAUCCAAGUGCGUUCCGAUAGGGUCGAUUGGCAGCGGACCCGCCGUUUCUCAUCAGACUCCGUCCCAUCCUGCCGCCACCACUAAAGCACUCUUAAGAACCUCGUCAUCACGUUCAUCUUCGGUCAGGGCGUCGACUUCGAAACGUUCCUCUUCAAGACUUUCUCCUUCCCAUCCAAGGGAAACUUUGAUUACCUCCAUUGGACGACACAUGUUCCCUCUGAUGACCGAUUUGAGUGCAACACCUCAUCCGAGUGCUCAUCCCACCACAAGUGUCACGUCUGAACCGAUGUCAGAUACUUUCACGUCAGUGGUCGUGAGUGGCUCCUCAAUAUUAUCGACCACUUCUGCGACACGUACGGGCGGUUCUCAGCCCCUCGCCAAGAUCUCCACAAUUUGGGCACUUCUGCCACCACUUUUGACUAUUUUGGUUGACAUUUGACCGAUCAUGGUGCCUCUUUAUUUCCUCCUUUCCUUCUUGGUCCUUUAUCCAUGCUGUCCAAAAGACGAAGCAUGGAACUCAAAUCUUUGAGCGAUGUGGCAACAUGGAUACUAUUUGGUAGUCCCUUCCAUCAGUCCUUCUUCUCCGUCACUUUACCUUAUGUUUCCGCUCUUCGUAUGUUCGUGACCUACAUGAAAGGUUUCAUCAGGGUUUGAUGGACUCAUCGCGGGUCUCAUCUCUGCUCGUUUUGGGUGUUGUGCGGCGUGGCAGUGCUAUGCCGCUGAAUUAUUAUCACCAAGACUUGCUAAACCUUAUAAACGGGAUUGCUGAGGGUGCUCACCCUCAUCUUUAAAAUAAUGUCAACGACUGAAGUUGACCCUA